GCUGAGCCGGUCAAGCAGUGCAGCCCCUGCUCGGCCGCGGCUCAGAGCUCGUCGGGCGCCGCCCUACCCUACGGCUACUUCGGCAGCGGUUACUACCCUUGCGCCCGCAUGGGCCACCACCCCAACGCGCUCAAGUCGUGCGCCGCCGCCGCCGCCGCCGCGCAGCCCGCCUCGGCCGCCGCCGCCGCCGCCGCCGCCGCCGCCUUCGCGGACAAGUACAUGGACACAGCGGCCGGCCCCGCGGCGGCGGCGGCCGAGGAGUUCAGCUCCCGCGCCAAGGAGUUCGCCUUCUACCACCAGGGCUACGCAGCUGGGCCCUACCACCAUCACCAGCCCGUGCCCGGCUACCUGGAUAUGCCCGUGGUGCCGGGCCUCGGGGGCCCCGGGGAGCCGCGCCACGAGCCGCUGGGGCUGCCCAUGGAGAGCUACCAGCCCUGGGCUUUGCCCAACGGCUGGAAUGGUCAGGUGUACUGCCCCAAAGAGCAAGGCCAGCCUCCCCAUCUCUGGAAGUCCACUCUGCCCGAUGUUGUCUCACAUCCUUCGGAUGCUAACUCCUACCGAAGGGGAAGGAAGAAACGGGUGCCUUACACCAAGGUCCAAUUAAAAGAACUCGAAAGGGAAUAUGCUACAAAUAAGUUCAUUACUAAGGACAAACGGAGGAGGAUAUCGGCCACGACGAAUCUAUCCGAGCGACAGGUCACCAUCUGGUUCCAAAACAGGAGGGUCAAAGAGAAAAAAGUCAUCAACAAACUCAAGACGACAAGUUAA